CCACUCUCGGGAGAUCAGGGGAUCCAAACUCCUCCCUGGCGCGGCACAGGUUCAGAUCAGAGCAGAAGCAGAGCCCAGCUCCCGAGGAGGGCACGGCGGCACCCGCGUUGUUGUUGGUACAACAGGACGCACCCCCGGCCUACGCGACGCUCCCUGUUCAGCUGACAGGCUGCCGGGUGUCCUGACGGGCGCUGCAGCGAGGGCCGCGGCAGCCCCUGCCCGCGUCGGCCGCGCUUCCGUGCGGACCCAGCGGCACUGCAGACCCGCUGCCGCCUGCGGCCGUGGGACAACAACGUACAGGCAGGCUGGAAGUCGCGCUGCGGGGCCGCGCGGCAGGGACGUCCUCGGGCAGGCGCGGGACUCGGAGCGCGGCCCCGUCCGAGCGGGAAGGGGCGUCCCCCGCACGGAGCGGCGCAGCCCGCACAGCUCUCGGAGGCAUCGCUACCUGCCGCUGCUGACGCCACCUCCCGCCCUGUCCCGUCUGCCCCAGGUGCAUCGGCUCCGCUCCGUGGACAACCUCUUCGUGGUGGUGCAGGAGUUCAAGGACUAUCAGUUCAAGGACACCAAGGAAGAAGCUCUAAAGGAUUUGGAAGAUCUGGUUAAAAAGCUGCCUUGGACUGAGCCUUUGAAAGUAUGGGAGCUGAACAACAGCUUGAAGAAGAAAAAGACGAAGCGCAAGAAGCAAAACCUGCAGGAUGCUGCGAGCAAAGAAAAGCUGAACGAAGAUGGAGAAGAGGAAAGAACCGAUCAGAAAGAUGGCAGUGAGCAGGCGCAGGGCUGCACCCAAAACACUGCGGGUACCGACCCCGCUGGCGAGGACGCGGAGGCGGCGCAAGGAGAGGUGCCGCGGCAGGGUGACGAUGACGACGAGGAUAACGAGCAGGGGGACGCGCCAGGCGAGUCGCACGGCGGCGCCGGGGCCGAAGCCAAGGCUGGGGACGGAAGGAAGGGCGAAGGGGACGGCAGCGUGUUGAAGUUCCGUGUUACGUGCAACAGAGCCGGGGACAAGCACAGCUUUACGUCCAACGACGCUGCGAGGGACUUCGGCGGAGCGGUGCAGGAGCACUUCCAGUGGAAGGCCGACAUGACCAACUUCGAUGUAGAGGUUCUCCUGAAUAUUCACAAUAACGAAGUAGUAGUGGGCAUUGCAUUAACUGAAGAGAGUCUUCACAGAAGAAACAUUACACAUUUUGGACCAACAACUCUUCGAUCAACCCUUGCUUAUGGCAUGCUUAGGCUCUGUGAUCCACAGCCAACAGAUAUCAUAAUCGAUCCAAUGUGUGGAACAGGGGCAAUACCAAUAGAGGGAGCUACAGAAUGGCCUAGUUGCUACCAUAUUGCUGGAGAUAACAACCCACAAGCUGUAAAGAGAGCGGCAAACAAUAUGUCCUCUUUACUUAAGAAAAAUGAGAAUAAGGAAGGUACCUCCUCGGGCAUUCCCUUGGAUAUCAUUCAGUGGGAUAUUUGCAAUCUCCCCUUGCGGACUGGUUCUGUGGAUAUAAUAGUGACAGACAUGCCAUUUGGAAAGAGGAUAGGUUCUAAGAAGAAGAACUGGGAUCUCUAUCCAGCGUGCCUUACGGAGAUGGGUCGGAUCUGCAGGCCCGGGACAGGCAGAGCGGUGCUGCUUACACAAGACAAGAAAUGCUUUGCCAAGGCUUUGUCAAGAAUGGGGCACAUCUGGCGUAAAGGUCAAACCGUGUGGGUGAACGUGGGGGGACUUCAUGCUGCAGUGUACCUGCUGAAACGCACCUGGGAAAGGGCCGAAGAAAAAAGAUCUUUCUGGUGACUCCCAUGGAAGGAAACAGCAGACACCUCUGGAAUUUCUUGAGU